AUGAGAUCACAACCCAACCUGGCUGAGGAAGACCCAGUGUCAUUAAAAGUAUUGAGGCUGUUUCAUCCAAUAGUGCUCAAUACCCAUAAGCCUCUAAAGGUGGGCACUGAUGGAAACUGCCUAUACAGGGCACUAUCCCUUGGAUUAUACAGCACAGAGAACCACCACCUGCACCUUCGGCUCCUGACAGCCAUGGAGAUAAUCACCCACCGAGAUGACUACGACAUUGAAUCCCAUCACUACAAAGGCUACCUAUGUGGCACUGUGGCAGAUGUCUCCAACAACGAGGUAUAUGCGGCCUGCAGUCCAGGCCAGUGGUCUGGGAUGACACACAUCUAUGCUGCAAGUGCAGCACUGAAGGUGGCCCUCAGGUCCUAUUGUCCCCCAGUGCUCAAUGAGAAUUUCUUAAUAACACCUUUGUCCAGAAAAGUUACGNUUUUUUUUUUUGUCAAAAAUAAUUUAAGACACAGUGGCGUUCAGAGUUAA